ACCUGCACUUACCUUUAAAACCUGGUGGCUUGUGUGAGGGAGUCAAGAGGGAGGAAGGCUGUUGUACAGGAUGCUUUCACUGGCACUAAAACAAUCACUGCUGUCUACUGGCUCCACGGAAUCUUUUUCUAUUUGUGCCACUUUACCAAGGAAUCUGUCCAGUGACACUUGCUUUUGCCUCCCUUUGAGGAUUUUGCAGAAAUGAGACACUGCAUUGUCAUUAAACAGAUUCAUGGCUCAUGUCAGUGGCAUAGCUGAAUUUUACAGCUCACUGUCGCAGCCAAGUGCCCCAGCUGUGAGGCACUGCUGAGCUUACAGCUCAGUGUGGCAGCUCUGGAUCAUAGCUCUCAUAAUUUGAAGGUUUGGGAAUUUGCUAGUAAGUGGAAGAGGUGGGAAAAAGCCUUUAUUCACUGGCAAGUCCCAGUGGGCUUAGGAUUCUGAGCACUCUACCAGGAAUGAGAGCCUCACUCUAUAGGGAGCUGCAGGGUAGGUAAGCAUGCUCAAUUAAGUGGGGCUGUGGUGGGGGAGGUGGAGUUCAAGAACUUUCUGGAAGCAGGGGGGCGGAGUUAGAGAAAGUUCCUGGGGUGGGGGGGGAGCUGAACAGAACCUUCUUGUGAGGGGACAGAGCUUAACAGAACAUCCCUGAAAGGUCACAAAGUUCAAACAGCCACAAACCAUUUUGACACAUUGGUUUGGGUAGGAGCCCAGCAGCACAAAGUUACAUUCCCAAAACAAAACAUUUUGUGGGAAAAGAAAAUGGAGACAAGGCCAGGGCCUGUGUGAUUGUAUAGCACUUCUGUAUCAAUUGUCUUUGGGGGGAAAUGAUUAUGAUAGGUGUCUUCCUGUCAGCUUCACGGGCAUUAACGCGCCACCACAUGUUUCCUAAGCAGAGCAUUACAUUUACUCUAAUGUCAAUGAAGUUGUAGCAUCACUAUGAAACCAGCAAGAAUUUAAAGCAAAAGAAAUUGGAUAUGUUGAGUGUAGACCCCAUGAGAGCUCUAAAACAAAAGGUAUAGCAGAAAGGAAAAGGAUAUUGGAGAAUCCUGUGGAUUGCUUUUCAUAUCUAAACACUUGUGCGUGAAUCUCUGCAACCCACACAAGCAAGAAAUUUGUAACCUUUUCUGUUACAAACAAAAGGUCCUAAUGGUCAUGAGUGUGGCCCUGGUGGGUGUGGCCAGCUCUGCGUUGGCCCGUUGGUUCUGUGACAUCACAGGAGCCUGUGUGAGGUCACAGCAGUUAGCUAUAUAAGGCUGUGGCUCAGGUGGGUCUGUUGUGGGUGGAUGGAGACUGUUGGAUGGAGAUUGUUGUCGGAGAUUUGGUCAUUGAUUUGGUGCUAUGGGGAGUGUAGGAUGUCAUUACACUAUGCCAAGCAGUGUUCCUGGUGAGUGUAGUGAGGAAACAUCCUGGCUUGGCCUCAUGACCAGCUCGAACAGGUACAGACCCCAGGAACACUAUUAUGUGUGGCGUUUAAUCACCCAAGAUGGAUUUGGCAAGGUGUACUUGGCGCAACCUCAUGGCACAGGAAUGCAGGUGGCCAUGAAGGAGCUAACAAAGGCAGGGGUGCGAGCGGCCAGCAUUGUGUCGGAGGUGGGACUAUUGAAGGACCUUCAACACCCUAACACCACACAGUUGCUGGAGGUUACAGAGACUAAGGACAAAGUAUACCUGGUCCUAGAAUAUGUCAUGGGAGUCGCCCUGCGGAAGGAGAUCCGCAGGAGCGAAAAGAACAGGCUGCGGGAGAAGGAUGCCCAGAGGAUUUCCCAAGACAUCUCGGGAGCGGUGGAUUACUGCCACGAUUGUGGCAUUGUACAUGGGGACCUCAAUCCCCAAAAUGUUUUGAUCGAUGCCCAAGGCUGUGCUAAAGUUUGUGAUUUUGCGAUGGGGAUCCAGUUCCUCCCUGGGCAGGAGGUGAGUGUGGUUGGUGGCACGCUGGCAUUCUGUGCCCCAGAAACAAUCUCCUGCCAGUGGUAUGAAGGUCCUCCCAUGGAUGUCUGGGCCCUGGGCGUAAUAUUAUAUGAGAUGGUUACUGGGGAUCAUCUCUUUCAUGGGGGUAAAUCCCAGAUAAUCAAUAAUAUCCUUCAUGGGAUGGUCUCUUACCCCAACUUCGUCUCCAACAAUGCCAAAAAUCUCAUCAACAAAAUCCUAAACCACAACCCCAUGAUGCAGCCAACGGUGCAGAAGGUGCUGAAGCACCGGUGGAUCCGGGGUGUCCAGCCCCCCAGUCCUCCAGAGCUGCUCGCUGUGCCCACAAAGAGGGCAAUCCUCAGCCGUAUGGCCGGGAUGGGUUUUGACCCGUUAGUGGUGAUGGACACCCUGAGGAGGAAGGAGUAUAAUCAUGAGAUGGCAACCUUCCUGUUGCUGCAGAGCCAGGCCUUCCAGGGGCUGGGCUUCAGAAACCCGGUGAAGCCAGUGCAUAAGGCUGCAGAGAAAACAUUAUGGGGCCUGACAAGUCCUGCACCCUCAGCUCACAUCCCCUGGAGGAGGGCCAGCGAGCCUGUCCCCUGCACUGGCUGCUUAUUCCCCGGACUGGAGCUCCGAGGAGAAGAGGGUAGCAGAGGCUCCCAGCCACUCAUGACCAUCCAGAGGACCCCAACUCCUAGCCUGUAUCCCAAGCCUGGCCCUGCCACUCCAAGCCUGUCCUCCCAGCCUGUCCCUGUCAUGCCCAUUGUCCUGCCAGCCAGGCCAUGGAGCUCCCCGCUGUAGCUCCGGAACCACCUCUGCCCCUGCCAACAGUGGGUGUCGAUACUGGAAGGCUCUCAAGAGGAGCAUCACAGGCUGCCUACGGGCCCUGUGCUGCUGCUGCUACCUGCCACCCUGUGGGCACCGCUGACACAAGGUGGCCCCAACAUAGGUAGCACCCAUCAGAGUCCCAUACAGCCCUCAACCCUCAAGGAGGCUGGGUGGUCGGGGUGCUUUCUGAGUGAGCUGUAUCCUGAUGAUGUCACCUCUCAUGGUCAGGGUAGAACUUGAGUGAGGCGGAGAGGGGAGAGGGAUGGAGGAGUCGUGGCCAGAGGGAAGAGUCUCAGAUGGACAUGAGGACUUGCUGUCGGGUCUACUGUAGCGUAGGGUGGUGGUGACCAAAGCCAAUAAUGCCUGGUGUAUUUCAGUGUCCAUUUCAUAUGUGUCCUUGUCAUCUUAGUACAGAGCCAUGAGGGCAGCUCCGUGGACGUGGACGUCCUCCCCAUGGCAGACCAGCCACAUGGGAGGAAGCCACAGUGAAUCACCCUGCAGCCCCGUCUAGGGAGCUAGAGGGAAAGGGUGUCCAGGACACCUGUGUUUCCUGGGGAGGGAGGAGGGUGCACAGCACGGAAGGCUGUGCUUGAGUCAAGAGCUAGGAUUCGGUGGGAGGAAGACGGAGGAGCAGCAGGAGGGGUCUCCCUGACUUGUGUGCCAUUGCCGGAGGGAGGCUGCCCUAAGACCAGGGAGUACCCAGCACCUUGGAGCCCUCAGCCCACAGCCUCCUGACUGGGUGCAGAUAGAUGUGGGGCUGGGUGAGGGUGGGGUUAGUUGAGCAGAGCCGUGAUUUAUCCCGCCGUCCUCCGUGGUACGGAGCUUCUCUCUGCUCACCUCCUCACGUGUCCCUGUGUGAGCGUUUCCACCAAGGAACCGCAGAGGCGUUGCUGGCAGGACGGUGAGCCCAGGUGAAGAGAGGCAGCCCUGUCUGUUCUGAGGACUGGGACACUGCUGUUCCCCUGGCCACCAUGUAGAAGCCUAGACUCGGCCAUGCUGUGAGCAGCCCAGGAGUACAUAGAGGCCACACUGAUCCUCCGCCUGCUGAUUGCACGAUGGGAGCCACCCCAGCCCAGUCACCAGAGAGGUGUGUGGCGGCAUCUCUACAUCAUCCCAGUGCCAGCCACAGAGCAUCCUGGCCCAGAAGUCAGCACAGCUGAGUCCUGAGGACCAGGGCCAUGCCUCAGCCCAAGUGGACCUGGCCUAGGCUCUGAGCCCCAUAGCUAACAUCUCUGUGGCCUCCCUGCCUCCUCCUCGGUCAUCCAGGAUGCAGUCGCCCCAGCCCAAGGCAGUCUGCUUUCAGAUGUCUCUCCAACUCAGCCAGUCUUUUCCCCAUGCGCCAUCAGCACUGUGGAGCAGAUCUGUUCACGGCACGGAUGCUGGAGACACUCAGGGCCAAGGACAGUGGUGCGGGCACUGCAGACACCAGAGGUGCGGGACCAACGCUGAGGGCUUCUGCAGGUGACAGCAAGAAGGACAUUCAGGAGCAGAACACGGAGACAGUCAAGGGAUCAAAUGAGCCAGCCUCUGCCCCAGAGCAGCUGGCUGAGGACUGAUUCGGUGACAGCACCCAGGCACAGCACUGCCCCAUGUGUGGCCAGCACAGUCAGCAGAGCUUCAGCAUAGUGACCCAUGUGAUUCUCUGAGGGUGCUCGGUGCCCAGGGCUGCUCUUCCUCUUCCUGCUGUCAGGAUCACUGGGAUUUUAUGGAGGAGGGAGGCGCAUGACUCAUGGAGGGCUGAAGUGAAAUCCCAGAUUUGUACAGGGAGAACUGGGCAGGGUCGGAUUCGACUCUGGAACUUCCCAGCUCUCAG